GGAAGGCAACCUCUCUUUUUCAUGAUGGCCGAGAGUGCGAUAAGGAUUUUGUGAAUUUCUCUCAUCAUAGUAUUUGAAUUUCUAUAUUAGAAUGACCAUGAUAUCCAAAGCUGCGGUAGGCAUUGCCGUCGGCAUCGCCGGAAUUUUCGUCGGCUAUUGUUUUUAUUUCGAUCAGAAACGCCGCAGCGAUCCUGAUUUCAAGAAGAAACUCCGCGAACGUAGAAGAGCUAAGAAACAGGCCCAAAAAGCUUCUUCAAAGAUACCAGACUUAAGGGAUCAUGAAUUGGUACAGAAAUUCUUUUUGCAAGAGGUUCAACUUGGAGAAGAAAUGCUUGCUUGUGGCGAGAUAGAGGGUGGAAUCGAGCAUUUGGCUAAUGCAGUAGCUGUAUGUGGACAGCCAGCUCAACUGUUAACAGUCCUUCAAAAGACUCUACCGCCACCAAUUUUCCAGAUCCUAGUGCAGCGGCUACCUAUGGUUGGCCAGAAACUAGUAUCGCAUACUCAAAUGGCGGAGGAAGAUGUCGAGUAGAUGAAUAUAAAGUUUCGUUGACAAUUCUUAAAUAAAAUCUGUAAUUAGUAAAAA